AUGUCAGACCAAGAACCUACUAUCACACCAGAAAGAACAGGGGAGGAAGGACGCAUGUGCAUCAACAUGGAGUGGGGUGCUUUCGGGGACAGCGGGUGCCUGAAUGACUUCCGCACCGAGUUCUACGUGGCUGUGUACACACUCUCCCUCAACCCCGACAAGCAGAGGUAUGAGAAGAUGAUCAGCGGCAUGUACCUCGGAGAGGUCGUCCAUAACAUCCUCAUCGACUUCACCAAGCGCGGCCUCCUCUUCAGUGGCCGCAUCUCAGAGCGCCUCAAGACCAGGGGCAUCUUGGAAAUCAAGUUCCUGUCUCCGAUCAAGAGUGACUGCCUGGCGCUGCUACAGGUGCACGCGAUCCUCCAGCACCUGGGGCUCGAGAGCACCUGCGACGACAGCAUCAUCAUCAAGAAGGUGGGCACUGUGGUGGCCCGCCGGGUGGCCCAGCUCUGUGGCGUAGGCAUGGCGGCCGUGGUGGACAAGAUCCGCGAGAACCGGGGCCUGGACACUCCCAAAGUGACCGUGGGCGUGGAUGGAACCCUCUACAAGCUGCACCCCCACUUUGCCAAAGUCAUGCACGAGACAGUGAAGGAGCUGGCCCCAAGAUGCCACGUGUCCUUACUUCAGUCUGAGGUUGGCAGUGGGAAGGGGGCAGCCCUCAUCACUGCUGUGGCCUGCCGCAUCCGCGAGGCCAGACAGCGAUAG